AUGUCUUUCGACCUACCCCCAACUGUCCAUAUCUCCACGCAUCCAUGUCUUCAAGCCAAGCUCUCACAACUUCGUCAGAGCACAACGAACGCUAGGGAGACAAAGGCGCUGGUUCAUGAGAUUGCUUUGAUUGUUGCUUGCGAAGCUACAGCUGCUGGUCUUACUACUAAAAAAGGAGAGGCUGCAAAAACUCACCUGGGAUACGAAUAUACCACGACCACUGUAUCUCCAGGAAGCAUCUCCGUAGUACCUAUCCUACGAUCUGGUCUUGGAAUGUUAGAUGCAAUCCAAACCCUCCUCCCGAACCCAGCCCCAGUCCACCACCUAGGACUAUUCCGCGAGCCCACAACCCUCGAACCAGUGGAAUAUUACAACAACCUCCCCUACCACCGUCCUGCAGCCAACACUCCGUCCGACUCCCCCAACUCUGGCGCCUCCGAGCUAGCCAUUCUGCUCGAUCCUGUCAUCGCAACGGGAGGCACAUGUGCAGCUGCUAUUCAAACGCUCAAGGAAUGGGGUGUUAAGAGAGUGAUCGUAAUUGCCAUUCUCGGUGCUUUACCGGGUCUGCAAAGGGCGGCGAAUGAGUGGCCGGAAGGAGUUGAGAUCUGGGCUGCUGGUGUGGAUAGUGAGAUAACCGACCGUGGAAUGAUUAAACCUGGCUUGGGCGAUGUGGGAGAUAGAUUGUUCCUGACCAUUGGGAAGUAA